AUGUCAUCUAAAAAUUACCUCUUUUAUCCCUUAAUUCUCACCACGACAACCUGGACUAUAAAUCACGGUCUAAAUUUAAGUUCUUACAAUAAGUAUCUAAAAACACUCUACCCUGAGUGCAUGGAGAGUAAUGAAAACCGAAACGUUAUCGUGAUGAUGUCCUUCCUUAUUCUACUCAUUAUAUAACACCCAGUUGAGGAAGCCGCAAGACAAGCAUUUUUUAACUAUUUGCUUCCAGCAAAGAAAUUUCCCAAGAACUCGAUCGAGAGAGCAGAGAAAGCUCAAAUGCUUUCAGAGAGAGUUCACAAACUUAUUGUAUAUACUACUACAACAUGCUUACUUUACGGCAUCCUUUGGAAUAGCCCAUACUUAUCCAAGUAUCUACUUGGAAGUAGUGAGGAUCCUUAACUGUUCAUGAACUAUCCAUGCUAGCCGCUUCCAAAGUAUUUAGACGACUUUUAUCUCUUGAAACUUGCCUAUCAUGCUUAUGAGUUAUUUUACUCUAUGAUCUAUCAUAGGGGAAGACUAGACUUCCCUGAGUAUGUGUUCCAUCAUAUUGUAACGUUAGCACUCAUAGUGAAAUCUUAUUCAAUCAACUACCUCCCAAUAGGAGCAAUAAUUAUGCUCCUUCAUGAUUUAUCUGAUAUAUUCCUUUCAAUAUUUAAGUUGUGCUGUGAUGUUUUGCCAAUGAAGAUUCAAAUGACAUCGUAUUUUAUCAUGCUAACUAGCUGGAUUUACCUUAGAAUGUGGUUUUUCCCAGUCAAUGUUAUCUACGCUUAUAUUUUACAAGUUCAAGAUUCAAAAGACUAUGUGAUUCUUGAGAAUUACUGGAUUCUUUUGUAUUUUGUGAUUUGCCUAUACGUCUUGCAUAUAUUUUGGUUCUAUUUAAUGAUCAGAGGAUUGAUAAAGAGAAUCAGAGACUUUGAUAGCGUAAUUUUUAAGAAUAGUGAAAAUAAGUGA